AUGGCCGACUACGAAGAUGCCUACGAGGAUGAGUUCUACGAUGAGAUGGAUGAGGGGAUCACGUCGGAGGACUGCUGGACCGUCAUUUCGUCCUUCUUCGACACCAAGGGUCUAGUCUCUCAGCAGCUGGACUCCUUUGACGAGUUUAUCUCGUCGACAAUGCAGGAACUGGUGGAAGAGCAGGGCCAGGUUACUCUCGACCAGACGCUUCCCCCGAACGAAGACGAAGUCGACCCCAUUGUCCUCCGUCGGUAUGAGCUCAAAUUCGGAACCGUCAUGCUUUCCCGUCCGUCCGUCACCGAGGGUGAUGGUGCCACUACGAUCAUGUUGCCCCAGGAGGCUCGUCUGCGAAACCUCACUUACGCCAGUCCCCUGUACCUCGGUAUUACGAAGAGAAUCAUGGAAGGUCGGGAGCGAUUGGUUGCCGACCGGAACGAGGAAGAGAUGGGUGAACCGGUUGAGGAUAGAAAAAGCCAGGGCACAUACCUUCAGUGGGAGCAAAAGGAACUGCCGCCUGACCAGGCGAAGGAGGAGACUGUUUUCAUCGGAAAGAUGCCGAUCAUGCUCAAGUCUAAGUACUGUAUCCUCAAGGAUCUGAGCGAGCAGGCUCUGUACAACUGGAACGAGUGUCCCUACGAUUCUGGUGGUUAUUUCAUCAUCAACGGAAGCGAAAAGGUCCUGAUCGCCCAGGAGCGAAGUGCUGGAAACACGGUCCAGGUGUUCAAGAAGGCGCCACCCAGCCCUACGCCCUACGUCGCUGAGAUUCGGAGUGCCGUUGAAAAGGGCUCCCGACUUCUUUCGCAGUUGUCGCUCAAACUGUUCGCCAAGGGCGACAGUGCCAAGGGUGGCUUCGGUCCUACCAUUCGAUCCACGCUGCCCUACGUCAAGACAGAUAUUCCCAUUGUGGUCGUCUUCCGUGCUCUCGGUGUUGUCUCUGAUGAAGAUAUUCUGAACCACAUCUGCUACGACCGGAACGAUACUCCUAUGCUUGAAAUGCUCAAGCCUUGUAUUGAAGAAGGUUUCGUCAUCCAGGACCGUGAAGUCGCCCUGGAUUUCAUUGCCAAGCGUGGGUCUUCUCAGUCCAGCAUGAACCACGAACGCCGUGUUCGUUAUGCCCGUGAAAUCAUGCAGAAAGAGUUGCUCCCUCACAUCUCCCAGAGCGAAGGUAGCGAAACCCGGAAAGCAUUCUUCUUGGGUUACAUGGUGCACCGGCUUCUGCAGUGUGCUCUCGGCCGUCGCGAUGUGGACGAUCGGGAUCACUUCGGUAAGAAGCGCCUUGAUCUCGCUGGUCCUCUUCUUGCGAACCUCUUCCGUGUUCUCUUCACCCGAGUCACGCGAGACCUUCAGCGUUAUGUCCAGAGAUGCGUGGAGACGAACAGAGAAAUCUACUUGAACAUUGGUAUCAAGGCUAGCACCUUGACAGGAGGUCUGAAGUAUGCUCUGGCUACCGGAAACUGGGGCGAGCAGAAGAAGGCCGCGAGUGCGAAGGCCGGUGUGUCGCAAGUGCUCAGUCGUUAUACUUACGCCUCUACCUUGUCUCACCUUCGGCGAACGAAUACGCCUAUCGGCCGUGAUGGCAAGAUUGCCAAACCUCGUCAGCUUCACAACACCCACUGGGGUCUGGUGUGUCCGGCAGAGACUCCGGAAGGUCAGGCUUGUGGUCUGGUCAAGAACUUGGCGCUUAUGUGCUACAUUACUGUCGGUACCCCCAGUGAGCCGAUCAUCGAUUUCAUGAUCCAGCGUAAUAUGGAGGUUUUGGAAGAGUUUGAGCCUCAGGUUACGCCGAAUGCGACCAAGGUCUUCGUGAACGGUGUCUGGGUUGGUAUCCACCGGGAUCCUGCUCAUCUGGUCAACACUAUGUCCUCUCUGCGUCGCCGGAACAUGAUCUCGCACGAAGUCAGUUUGAUCCGGGAUAUCCGUGAGCGGGAAUUUAAAAUCUUCACGGACGCUGGACGUGUGUGCCGACCACUUUUCGUUGUCGACAAUGACCCGAAGAGUGAAAACUGUGGCUCUCUUGUUCUCAAUAAAGAACACAUUCGGAAAUUGGAGCAAGACAAGGAGCUGCCUCCAGACCUGGACCCUGAAGAGCGCAGGGAACGCUACUUCGGAUGGGACGGUCUGGUGAAGUCUGGCGUGGUGGAAUAUGUGGAUGCUGAAGAAGAGGAGACCAUCAUGAUUGUGAUGACUCCUGAGGACUUGGAGAUCUCCAAACAGCUUCAGGCCGGUUAUGCGCUACCUGAGGAGGAACUGCACGAUCCCAACAAGCGUGUUCGUUCGAUCCUUAGUCAAAAGGCGCACACCUGGACUCACUGUGAGAUCCAUCCCAGUAUGAUUCUCGGUGUCUGCGCCAGUAUCAUUCCUUUCCCCGAUCACAACCAGUCGCCUCGUAACACCUAUCAGUCUGCAAUGGGUAAGCAAGCUAUGGGUGUAUUCCUGACGAACUUCGACCAGCGCAUGGAGACCAUGGCGAACCUUCUCUAUUAUCCGCAGAAGCCUCUGGCGACCACUCGGUCUAUGGAGUUCCUGCGGUUCCGUGAGUUGCCAGCAGGUCAGAAUGCCAUCGUGGCUAUUGCUUGUUAUUCCGGAUACAACCAGGAAGAUUCGGUCAUUAUGAACCAGAGCAGUAUCGAUCGCGGUCUCUUCCGCAGUCUUUUCUACCGUACAUAUACCGACUCGGAGAAGAUGGUGGGAUUGACCGUGGUCGAGCGCUUCGAGAAGCCCAUGCGAUCCGACACGAUUGGCAUGCGGAAGGGUACCUAUGAUAAGCUGGAUGAAGACGGUAUCAUUGCGCCGGGUGUCCGCGUUUCGGGUGAGGAUAUCAUUAUUGGUAAGACGGCCCCGUUGGCGCCCGAGGCGGAAGAGCUUGGUCAGAGAACCAAGGCGCACACCAAGCUGGAUGUGUCGACGCCGCUUCGCAGUACAGAAAGCGGUAUCGUGGACCAGGUCCUUGUGUCCACCAGCAAUGACGACCUGAAGUUUGUCAAGGUCCGCAUGCGGACGACGAAGAUUCCCCAGAUCGGUGACAAGUUUGCUUCUCGUCACGGACAGAAGGGUACGAUUGGUAUUACCUAUCGACAGGAAGACAUGCCGUUCACUCGGGAGGGAGUGGCGCCCGAUCUGAUCAUCAACCCCCACGCCAUCCCGUCUCGUAUGACCAUCGCCCAUUUGAUCGAGUGUCAACUCAGUAAGGUGUCGGCGCUACGUGGGUUCGAGGGAGAUGCGACGCCGUUCACGGAUGUCACUGUCGACUCGAUCUCGCGUCUGCUCCGCGAGCACGGUUACCAGUCCCGCGGGUUUGAGGUGAUGUACAACGGCCACACGGGACGGAAGCUGGUGGCGCAGGUCUUCCUGGGACCGACGUACUAUCAGCGGCUGCGGCACAUGGUGGACGAUAAGAUCCACGCGCGUGCUCGAGGCCCGACCCAGAUCCUGACCCGGCAGCCGGUGGAGGGUCGUGCUCGUGACGGUGGACUGCGAUUCGGAGAGAUGGAGCGUGACUGCAUGAUUGCGCACGGAGCCAGUGCUUUCCUGAAGGAGCGGCUCUUCGACGUGUCCGACCCGUUCCGGGUGCACAUUUGCGACGACUGUGGAUUGAUGACGCCGAUUGCAAAACUGAAGAAGGGCCUAUUCGAGUGUCGCCUGUGCAACAACAAGCACCGAAUCUCGCAGGUGCAUAUCCCGUAUGCAGCCAAGCUUUUGUUCCAAGAGCUGGCCUCGAUGAACAUUGCCGCUCGCAUGUUUACUAACCGGUCCGGCGUGUCCGUGCGGUGA